ACCAAACAGCGCUUCAAGCGGUAAAAAUGGCUAAAAACCCAUUGCCAGUGCGGAAUAUCGCAGCCAUGCUCUCCUUGUUGUUACUAUGGACUUUUCUUGGAUUUUGCCAUGGUUUGGGAGAAGUCUACCUGCCGGCUGAAAACGAAGUGUCAUCUGGAGGAAAACUGGCCACGGAAUACUUUACCUAUGCGGCUCCGCCGGAGGAUGAUCAGGUGGCUCCAUGGCAAUCAGCCAGGGAAUUGGCCAAGGUGCUCUCCCCACCACAACAGGUGGUGUUUAUUCGAACCCCGGAGACGAAUAUCUUUACACUGACUGCUAAGCAACUGGCGGUGAAUAAUCCACUGGACAUCUUUGUGCUCCACCGGCAGGCAGAUGCAGAUGCUCUGGCCAAACAGCAGGCUGCGAUACAACAGCAGGUAUCUGAAAAGCCGUCAGUACAUUUCGUAAAAUAUCGAACGCCGGCGGAUGUUACUAGAGCACUAAGCGCUUUAAGAAGCGAUUAUGAUCGGUUGCCAGGAAACAGUAUUAGCCAUGCUAUAGAAAAAGCCGAUGUUGUGCAACUAAAACCACAAACGACUGAGACCCCAGUGAUCUUCAAGAUUAGGCCAAAGGACAGCGAUUACUACGAGACGCAUGAGCCGGCAAGCGAAUUGGAAACGGCCAAGUUGCAGGCGCUAUUUCGGGAAUAUCUGCCACCGGGUAAACGACGUUAGUUAACCUAUGACCUAUAGGCUUGUCCCAAAGAUUGUUUAAAGGUUAUUUAAAUUAAUUGUUAAUUAGUUAAAAUCAAUUGAACUGUUCCUGAACAUU